AUGCAAACGCCGUUGAGUCUUCUCAGAGCAUCUGCUCCUCUCGGUCGCGCCGUCCACACAUCCAUCUUCCACAGCGCACAACGAUCGCAAGCCUCGGCCCUCGUCCUCUUACGCCAUGCGUCAUCCGCUGCUUCGACCUCGACCACUUCCUCACAGUCGCAAACACCACAACUCACAUGGGACGAGUUCCUCAAACUCCGCCGUACUCGCCGCUUCAUCAACCUCGGCUCCUCUGCCCUCAGCGGUGCCGCCAGUGUCGCUGUUGCAGUGCCCGCUUUCGCCGAGUUCGAGAUCGAGAACAUUGGCGCGCAAAUGACUGGUCUCGACCCCAUGUUCAUCAUCGGUGGUAGCUUGAUGGGUGUUGGUGCUGUUGGCUGGCUGCUCGGUCCCUUCCUGGGGACUGCCUUUUUCAACAUUUGGAAGGGAAGCCUGAGGAAGGAGUUCGCCAGGGAUUUCUAUUCGCACAUCAAGAGAUUCCGCGCCGAUCCUGCCAGCUCAUCCGUCAACAACCCCGUUCCGGACUACUAUGGCGAGAAGAUCAACAGCGUCGCCGACUACAGACGAUGGCUAAAGGACCAGAGAGCCUUCACUAGAAAGAAGAACAAGAACCUGCUCUAA